AAAGGAAAGCUACUUGUACUUGGGAGGAAAAAGAAAAGUGAGAAAACCACAUGGAAGACUCACAGGAUUUAAAUGAGCAAUCAGUAAAGAAAACGUGCACAGAAACAGAUGUUUCAGAGCCUCAGAAUUCCAGGUCUAUGGAAAUGCAGGACCUAGCAAGUCCUCAUACACUUGUUGGAAGUAGUGAUACUCCUGGUAGCUCCAAACUGGAUAAAUCUAAUCUCAGCAACACAUCAGUUACAACAAAUGGGACAGGAGGAGACACCAUGACUGUUUUAAAUACUGCAGACUGGUUACUGAGUUGCAACACUCCUUCUUCUGCAACAAUGUCUCUUCUUGCAGUCAAAACAGAGCCCAUGAACAACAGUGAAACAACCACAACAACUGGAGAUGGAGCGCUUGACACUUUUACUGGGUCAGUAAUAACGAGUAGUGGCUACAGUCCCAGAUCGGCACAUCAGUAUUCCCCACAAUUGUAUCCCUCCAAGCCCUAUCCACACAUUCUUUCUACACCAGCAGCUCAAACAAUGUCUGCCUAUGCUGGACAGACUCAGUAUUCAGGAAUGCAGCAGCCAGCAGUGUACACAGCCUACUCACAGACAGGACAACCUUACAGCUUACCCACUUACGAUUUAGGUGUGAUGUUGCCAGGCAUCAAGACGGAAAGUGGACUUUCACAAACCCAGUCACCACUACAGACAGGGUGCCUCAGUUACAGUCCAGGGUUUUCUACCCCCCAGCCAGGCCAAACACCUUAUUCUUACCAAAUGCCAGGUUCUAGUUUUGCACCAUCAUCCACUAUUUAUGCAAAUAAUUCUGUUUCUAAUUCAACGAAUUUCAGUAGCUCACAGCAGGAUUAUCCAUCCUAUACAGCCUUUGGCCAAAACCAGUAUGCACAGUAUUAUUCAGCAUCAACGUAUGGAGCAUAUAUGACUUCAAAUAACACAGCUGAUGGCACAUCUUCAUCCUCAUCAACAUAUCAGCUGCAGGAGUCUCUCCCUGGACUGACUAGUCAACCAGGAGAUUUUGAUACAGUGCAGAGCCCUUCCACACCCAUCAAAGACCUUGAUGAGAGAACAUGUAGGAGUUCUGGGUCAAAGUCCCGAGGAAGAGGCCGGAAGAAUAAUCCAUCACCUCCACCAGACAGUGACUUGGAGCGUGUAUUUGUCUGGGAUUUGGAUGAAACCAUCAUCGUUUUUCACUCACUGCUCACAGGGUCCUAUGCACAGAAGUAUGGCAAGGAUCCCCCAAUGGCAGUAACCCUUGGUCUACGAAUGGAGGAAAUGAUUUUUAACCUUGCUGACACACAUUUAUUUUUUAAUGACUUGGAGGAAUGUGAUCAAGUUCAUAUAGAUGAUGUUUCUUCUGAUGAUAAUGGUCAAGACUUAAGUACCUACAGUUUUGCAACUGAUGGCUUCCAUGCAGCUGCAAGUAGUGCAAACCUUUGUUUGCCAACAGGUGUAAGAGGAGGGGUUGACUGGAUGAGGAAGCUGGCUUUUCGUUACAGAAGAGUAAAAGAAUUAUAUAAUACCUACAAGAACAAUGUAGGAGGACUCCUUGGCCCAGCUAAGAGAGAUGCAUGGCUGCAAUUAAGAGCAGAGAUUGAAGGUCUAACAGACUCCUGGCUGACAAAUGCACUUAAAUCCUUAUCAAUUAUUAGUACUAGGAGUAACUGUGUAAAUGUCUUGGUAACAACAACUCAGCUUAUCCCAGCACUUGCAAAAGUCCUACUCUAUAGUUUGGGAGGUGCUUUUCCUAUCGAAAAUAUUUACAGUGCAACUAAAAUAGGCAAAGAAAGCUGUUUUGAGCGUAUAGUGUCCAGAUUUGGCACUAACAUAACUUAUGUUGUGAUUGGAGAUGGCCGCGAUGAGGAGCAUGCUGCUAACCAGCACAACAUGCCUUUUUGGAGGAUAUCAAGUCAUUCAGACCUCUUGGCUCUACAUCAAGCAUUGGAACUAGAAUAUUUGUAA